AUGUGUGAUAUGCAAGGGGAUUUGAAUGAAAUGCCUCAAGAGUUUGAAAGUUUUUUUGAGAGUUCUGGAAAACCUUUGUUUUCUGGAUGUAGUAAAUUUACAAAGUUAUCGGCAGUGCUUAAAUUGUAUACCGUAAAAGCAAAAAAUAGGUGGAGUGAUAAGAGUUUCACGGAGUUAUUAGAGCUUUUAAAGGGCAUGCUUCCUAAUGAGAAUGAACUUCAUUGUUCAACUUAUGAAGCAAAGAAAAUGUUAUGCCCGUUGAGUAUGGAGAUUGAAAGGAUCCAUGCAUGUCCAAAUGAUUGUAUUUUGUAUUGGAAUCAAUAUAAAGACAUGCAUGUUUGUCCGAAGUGUGGAGCAUCACGUUAUAAACGAAAAGGGCUUGAUGAUGCAUGUGACCACCAGAAGAAAGGUUCUCCAGCGAAGUUGUUGUGGUAUCUACCGGUGAUUCCAAGAUUCAAACGUUUGUUUGCAAAUGCAAAGGAUGCGAAGAAUUUGCAAUGGCAUGCUAGUGGGAGAAAAGAAGAUGGAAAGUUGAGACAUCCUGCCGAUUCUCCUCAGUGGAAGAACAUUAAUAAGAAGUUUCCUGAUUUCGGUGCUGAAAAUCAAAAUCUUAGGCUUGGACUAUGCACGGAUGGAAUGAAUCCUCAUGGUAACCUGAGCAGUCGCCAUAGCACUUGGCCAGUUCUUUUAACAGUUUACAAUCUUCCUCAGUGGCUGUGUAUGAAGCGCAAGUACAUCAUGUUAUCAUUGUUAAUAUCUGGUCCUAAACAACCAGGAAACGACAUAGAUGUGUACUUGGCACCGCUUAUUGAAGAUUUAAAGAUGUUGUGGAAUGAAGGUGUGACAGUAUUUGAUGCUCAUAGUCAAACCAACUUCACUUUACGAGCCAUGCUAUUCUGCACAAUCAAUGACUUCCCAGCAUAUGGUAACUUGUCAGGGUAUACUACUAAAGGGGCUAAGGCAUGCCCUGUUUAUGAAGAAGAAACAGUUGAUCUUUGGUUGAACAACAGUAGGAAGAAUGUGUUCAUGAGUCAUCGAACCUUUCUACCUAUUGACCAUCCUUAUCGAAAGAGGAAAAAAGCUUUCAAUGGAAAAUCUGAGACUGGAGUUGCUCGCUUACCAUUAUCAGGGGAUGUUGUUUAUGAAAGAGUCAAAAACAUUGAUAAUGUGUGGGGGAAAACUUCAAAAACAAGUCAAAAGGGUAUUUGGAAAAAGAAGUCUAUAUUAUGGGAUUUACCAUAUUGGGAGCAUUUAUCUGUUCGACAUUGUCUUGAUGUAAUGCAUGUGGAGAAAAAUAUUUGUGAUAGCAUUAUCGGGACAUUGUUGAAUAUUCAGGGUAAGACGAAAGAUGGCAUUAAAGCUAGAAAAGAUAUGGUAGAAAUGGGGAUAAGGACUCAAUUAGCACCUCAAGAAUCUGGAAAGAUGGCAUACUUACCUCCAGCUUGUUAUACUCUAUCUAAAAAGGAAAAAACAAGUUUUUGUAGUUGCCUAAAUGGUGUCAAGGUUCCUUCUGGCUAUUCAUCUAACAUUAAAAAGCUUGUUUCAAUGAAGGACCUUAAAUUAGUUGGUAUGAAAUCACAUGAUUGCCAUGUGCUAAUGCAACAUAUGUUACCUAUUGCUAUUAGAGGAAUAUUACCUAACCAUGUUAGACAAGCUAUUACAAAGCUUUGCUACUUUUUCAAUGCCAUUAGUAGUAAAGUUCUUGAUCCUGAGGUGUUGGAUUCUGUGCAAGCUGAGGUGGUAAUAACUUUAUGCAGUUUGAAAUUUCACUUGGUGUGGGAAAUUAAAAUGUGUGGUCCUGUAUUCUUGAGGUAUAUGUAUCCAUUUGAGAGAUACAUGGGAAUUUUGAAAGGAUAUGUCAGAAAUCGAUAUCGGCCAGAAGGGAGUAUAAUUGAAGCUUAUGGCGCUGAAGAAGUCAUUGAUUUCUGUACUGAUUAUUUGGCUAAUGUUCAGUCCAUUGGUGUUUCUAAAUCACGUCAUGAGGGAAGACUCACAGGAAAAGGUACCAUUGGGUUCAAAACACAUGUCCCAAGUCAAAUAAUCCGAAAUCAAGCACAUUAUCUCGUACUGCAGCACCUUUCUGAGGUUCAUCCAUGUUUGGAACAACACUUGUCUAUUAUAAGGCAACAAAAUCCUUCUAAGGGUGAAAUGUGGGUGACAAAAGAACACAAUUGUACAUUUAUCACAUGGUUCAAAGAUACAGUGAUGCAAGAGUUAUCUCAAGUGCCAAAUAAUAUCACUGAAACCAUUAGGUGGUUAGCGUAUGGCCCUGGAUUAGUUGUGAGCACUUAUGAGGGAUAUGAUAUUAAUGGGUAUACGUUUUACACAAAACGUCAAGAUCAAAAAAGUAUAGUGCAAAAUAGUGGAGUGACAUUAGUAGCACAAUCAAGAGAGUAUUCUAGUGCUAAAGAUACUAACCCGGUAGAUGCUACUAUGUCAUACUAUGGAGUCAUUGAUGAAAUCUGGGAACUUGAUUAUAAGGUGUUUAGGAUUCCUCUAUUCCGAUGUUCUUGGGUUGAUAACAGGCAGGGUGUUCGUGUAGAUGAUUUGGGUUUUACCUUAGUUGAUUUUGGUCGACUAGGAUAUCAUGAUGAACCUUUUAUACUUGCAUCUCAAGCUAAACAAGUCUUCUAUAUUUCUGAUCCUAUUGAUAGUAAGUGGUCAAUUUGA